UCAGUGUAGUCACUGAAUGUGUAUGUAUUGCUUUCAACGACACAUUGAAAAUAGAUAAAUACAAAUAUAUUUAUCUUAACAGCAAUCAUGCCCCGAUGCCUUGUGGGAUGUUGUAGGACUGGUGUACUGUACUGUACGCCAUCUUCUGUUCUGUAAUCAGCUGUUGUUCUUGUUGUUAGUACAGCAGCUAGCCCCCUGCUUGUCACCUGUAAUAUAGGAUAAACAUGGGACGAAAAAAGAAAAAGCAGAUGAAGCCGUGGUGCUGGUAUCCUUUACCUUUAUUCAUAAUUCAUAUGUCUCGCGUAUAUUCUUUUAAGUCGUCGGAAUAUCCUUCCAUAAUAACCUCGGAUCCACACAUGGCAGAUGAGUUAGCACUUGUUAGCUAGUUAGCUACUCUAGCUGGAAAAGGGACGGUAAUUGAUUCAUACUGUAAAUGCACUGUACUGUAGGUCUGUUGUUUAACAGCAAAAUUGUGUGGUUGAGUAGAUCAGAUAUCUAACAAAUAACGUACACGGUCAGCAUCCCAGCCCCAUGUGUGACUCAUUCAAUGUUUUGGAAGUUGCACGGAUGAGACAGUCCGACACGUCUGAACUAACGUGUAUUGUAACAGAGAUUUUGAUGAUGAAAAGAUUCUCAUCCAACACCAGAAGGCCAAACACUUCAAGUGUCACAUAUGUCACAAGAAACUCUAUACUGGACCAGGGUUAGCCAUUCACUGUAUGCAGGUACACAAAGAAACAAUUGAUGGAGUCCCCAAUGCCAUACCUGGAAGGACAGACAUUGAGCUGGAGAUCUACGGCAUGGAGGGUAUCCCAGAAAAAGACAUGGAGGAGAGAAGGAGAGUCCUUGAACAGAAAACCCAAGAGAGUCAGAAGAAGAAGCAGAACCAGGACGACUCUGAUGAGUAUGAGGAGGAUGAAGAGCCUGGCCCCUCCUUCCAGCAGCCAGCCGCCCAGCCCCAGACAGGAUACAUCCCACCUGCGACCCAGCCUGGCAUGCCCCCGGUCCACACUGCUCCAGGGAUGCCCCCUGGCAGCUACUCAGAUAAUAUUCCUGUCUUAGGAAUGCCCCCAAUGAUGCCAGGUGUGCCACCUAUGAUGCCAGGGAUGCCCCCUGUUAUGCCAGGCAUGCCACCAGGGAUGAUGCCAAUGGGUAGAAUGAUGCCUCCAGGUCCAGGAAUGCCCCCAAUGAUGCCAGGCAUGCCACCAGGGAUGCCACCUCCAGUGGGGCACCGCCCAGGAAUGCCCCACAUGCCCCAGGGCCCCCCCACCACAGGCCCUGGCAUGCUGAACAGACCUGCCAUGCCAGCUGCCUCUGCCCCCCCCGCCCAGCCUGCCGUCACCAAACCCCUGUUCCCCAGCGCAGGACAGAGUCAGCAGGCCGUUCCAGGGUCUGACUUCAAGCUCCACAGUGGCCCCACUACCCCCUCUGAGCCCUCCAAGCCCACUUUCCCAGCCUAUACUCAGGCCUCUGCCACGGUGGGCAGCCCCAGCCCUGGAGGCAUUGUCUCCAAACCCCCCUCUACAGUGACCAGUGGGCCUGCCACCCUCACCACCAGCAGUGCCACCAGUAAGUUGAUCCACCCCGAUGAAGAUAUCUCACUGGAAGAGUUGAGAGCCCAGCUGCCACGGUACCAGCGUAACAUCCCCCAGCCAGGCCACGUCCCGGUAGCCUCCCCCCCUGGAGGACCCAUGAUGAUCCCCCAACAGCCGGGCCUGAGACACCACCUGCAUGGCCAGUACGGAGGCCCACCCCAGGGAAUGCCAGGUUACAUGCCAGGAGGCAUGCCCCCGUAUGGGCAGGGCCCCCCCAUGGUGCCCCCUUACCCAGGAGCCCCCCUACGGCCCCCAAUGGGCAUGAGGCCCCCCGUCAUGUCCCCUGGAGGCCGCUUCUGAGGCCCAGUCAACACACCGCUCUAGGUUUGGACAUUCAACCCUUUUUCUCAUGUCCCCUUCUGCUUCUAGCCAAAACCAGUAAUGGUAAACACACAUUCUACCGGGUCUAUGAAGAAGAGACAUACAUGAAAAACAGCAGACAGAACAACAACAAAAAAACACAUUGCAUGGGACUUUAUUAUUUACACUGUAAGUUAAGCUGCCUAGACUAAGAACCGUUGCAAAUCACUCUCUUCUGUGGCUUUUUCUUCUCAUGUUCCAUUUAGGUGUGUAGAAGUAUAGUAGAUAUGGUUCGUAUUAUAUUGAAGGCCCUGGAGUUACAUGAGCAGUACCCAUCUAUAUCAAGGCAAGUUUACGUAAAAUACAUUACACUGUUUGCAUUAGAAUCAGUGAGGCCUUCACAGCACACAUAGGUGCUGUUGGACUUUGCGUCCCCAACAUUGCUUGGUGAGGGCUUCAGAUGGCGUUCUAUUCAUUCACUGUGUUCAUGUAGGCUAUGUUUUCUCCCUGACCUCCAUCUUGAAUGCUACGUUAACCCUACAUAUAAAGUAACCCUAUAGGCUCAUGUGAACGGGUUCAUGUAAAUGUUAUGAAAUUGUAUUGGAAUAAAAUGUGCAGAAA